AUGGACUUUAGUAGCGUCAGCAUUUUUAGCGAUCCCAAAAACUGCUCAAAAACGUCCAGAGGCACGUCCGUUUCGCGUUACGAAUCCGAGAGAAAUUAGAAAAAAAAAAUGAAUCAAAGAGGUGUGAUCUUUCAGUGAAUCCGAUGGAGGAAGUGUCAAACAUUUACCAAUCAGAUUCACGGAGAAGGAGCAUUUUCAGAGAGAAAUUCUGUUCGAAUAGACGCUCUCAAAAACUGGUUAUUGAAGAAACACACGCCAAAGUUUACGUAUCACUACACGUUUUAUGUAAUUUCAAUGUUCAGAACGAUGAAAACGCCUCAGCAGUUAUUCUCGAUCAAAAUACAAGAUUCACUCAUGGUUUCAAUAAUUAUAACACGAACAUCAGGUUCUUUUUUCUUGACUCUCAAAAUCCUCUUUCUCCAAUUCUAUUUAUUUUCAGAGUCUCAGACGAAAAAAUGUACAAAUUCGCGAUAGCGUCGCGCCCUCUGAAAGGUGGAACAUUUGGCCGUGUUAUACCUAUUCUUUCAAAUCAUUUUGGACUGACUAACCCAUCCAAUUCCACUGUUUUUCAAUACGAUGUGGUAAUUAAUCCCGGAACGAAUUCUUCGAACUUGAAUAGGUUUAUCAGGGCUCUCUCUUCCCCUCUGAACUAACUUUUCAGAAGAAUCGUUAUGAAAGCUUUGCAGUCAACCCCGCGAUUAAAAGAAACUUCGGCGUUUGCGGUUUUCGACGGUGUUUCCAAGAUUUACAGCAAAGAAAAACUUGAAUAUGAUAUGGUAUGUCGGAAGUUGGUUCACAAGCUUUGAUUAUUAUUUCAGUUCGACACUUCUUCCUCGUUUUAUGUGCUCAAAGCAGACCAGUUUGAAGUGCGCGUAGAGCCUUCAGGAAAAAUCCAACUUUCGAGGUGUAUUUUAUCCUUCAGUUUUGACAGAUUUACUGAUUUUUCAAGGAUCGAUGAGAAAUUGGCGACGCAGACAGCUAAAGUCUUCGAAGCCGUGCUGCAAAGCAUUUCUGCGCUGCACAACGUUGCUCUAUCGCGAUUUUUCUUCUUCCUGAAGUUCGAAGACUCUCUGGAGUUGGAACGCCGGUCGCUCGACCUCGGCUGGGGUAAUAUUGACCUCGGGAGUGCACGAGAAGCACGAUUUGGUUUCCAUCAAAGCGUCAACUUGGGGCAAAACGACUUUUUUCUCAAUGUUGACGGUUCGAUGUAAAAAAAAAAGCAUUGUACAUAACAUUUUUCAGUAUCUCGAAGAACAUUUUACAAGCAGAUAGGCGUUCUUGAUUUUUUGGCGGAGGUCUUGGGCUUCAACAUGAAGGUCGGAAAAUUUUCAGAAAAUUUUUGAAUGGAAAAAGGAAGUCCAUAAAGAGAUGAAUUACUUUGACGGCGAAAAACGUUGAAAGCUUUACAGCCUGAGAAGAAGAAAAUAAAGACUAGAGCUCUUUGUGUUACAACUUUUUUGCUGUGAAAGUUGUCUCAUCUCUAUUCAAAAAUUUUGCUGAAAUAUAAGAAUUAUGGGUACAUUCAUAAGGAAACAAGAAACAAAAACACUGGCUAUUGAGUUCUGUUGAUGUUUGAUGAUUAGGCUUUGACGGAUGGACGGCAGUUGACACAGAAGCAUUUGCGGCAGUUUUCCGAAGAGAUCGUCGGUCUCAAAGUGGAAACGACCCAUUGUGGAGGCCCGCGAACUUACAAAGUCACCGGCGUCGAAGCGACUCCAGUUAAAAACCUCAAGUAUUAUUAUUAUUAUUUUUGAUUAUGUGGUAACUUCCAACGAUCUUGCUUGACAUUGGCACUUCUGAACGAGUCUAGGGUCUUUACAAGAUUGGAAAUUGUAGGAAAAUUGACCGGAGCACUUCUGAAUGUAGCGAAAGAUAUCUUGGAAGUCUAAUACUGCGCAACUUCUUAUUUUUGAGAAAUAAGGACUCAAAGUGGCAUUUUAUACGGAUUUUGAAGUUUUCUUUGACUUUGAGGUGGCCUAUUUAAAACUAGUUAGUUUUGCAGAUUAUCACUUUCAUGGUCUUUACCUGGACCUCAAGGAGUAUUUUCCGACUUUCUGAGACCUUUUCUCACAAAAUUAUUAAUUUCAAUUAAGCUAACAUUUUUUAGAGUCUACCUAUAACCGGAGAUUUUUUUUUUCUAAAAAGUUUUUCAAUUGAUGAUUGUUUUUUCUCGGCUGCUCGGCCCUUCAAAAUUAAAGAUUUCAGUCUGUUAUUGUCCGGAGAGCUGUCGUCAGAUGGGAAUGUUGUGCCGGUGACAGAAUAUUACAAGAGUAGAUACGGUAUCGAUCUGAAGUUCCUUCAUCUUCCAUGCUUGGAAGUUUUCUUUUGA